AUGACACGAUUAUCCGUCUACGGCGUCUCGCUCGCCGUCUUCAUUGCCGCGUCGGCAUUGACACUCACAUCCAUCCUCGUGCCCCACUGGGUCACCAUGGACGUGGAAUCCCAAAAUAGCCACAUUGUCUACUCCCAACAUCUCGGUCUGCAUCACUACUGCAACACCGCCCUCCCCGACAAGCCUUGCCGCACAUUCCCCGACGAGGAGAAGGACUGUGACCCCAAUGACAGGUACUUCUGCUCCAUGUGGCGGACGACUGGCUUCCUCAUGAGCUUCGCAACUGUCGCCGAACUGGCUACGCUGGUCUGCUUCGUGGUGGCCAUCGGGGGCGGCCAGGUCAAGAGGGAGUACGGCUGGAAGGUCUUGUGUGGCCUUCUAACUGUGGUUUCAGUCGUGCAGUUCGCUGCUAUGGGUCUUAUUUCGUUCCUCUACGACAACGACGAGUAUUUCUCCGUCCCAGGCUGGAGACUCGACACAUCUUGGAUCCUAUGCACGGUCAGCGCCGGUGUGGCCGCCAUCCUCGUCGGUGCCCUGGCGUCAUGCGCCUACUUCCUCCCACCAGAAGACGAUGGCUACAACUUCCUCGAUGACCCCAUCGACGUCUAA